ACGUGUCGGCCUGCGAGGAAAGUUGAAGUUGCCGUCUGUCAGGGAGAAGUGUUAGAAGAAGUGGGAGAAGAAGACGUCUUCCGAGAUGGCGGGUCACGAAGAAGUUGGUGUCGGCGACUUCGUCCUUUUGGACGAAAUUACGGUGGAAAAAUUCAUGCACAAUCUGCAAAUCAGAUUCAAAGCGGGUAAAAUCUACACAUACAUUGGAGAGGUAUGUGUUUCUGUGAACCCAUACCGUACAAUGAACAUCUACGGUCCUGAACAGGUGUCUCAAUACAAAGGUCGUGAACUAUUUGAAAACCCACCCCAUAUCUUUGCUCUUGCUGAUGCCGCCCACAAGCAAAUGAAACAGCAAGGAAGGGACACAUGCAUUGUCAUCAGUGGUGAAUCUGGGAGUGGAAAAACGGAAGCUUCAAAAAUUAUUAUGAAAUAUAUUGCUGCUGUUACCAACGUAGGAGGCCAAAAAGAGAUUGAAAGGGUGAAAGAUGUGCUCCUUCAGUCCAAUUCAAUUUUGGAAGCAUUUGGCAAUGCUAAGACAAAUCGAAAUGACAACUCCUCACGUUUUGGAAAGUACAUGGACAUAAAUUUUGAUUUUAAAGGGGACCCUCUAGGUGGACACAUCAACAAUUAUUUACUGGAAAAAUCUCGAGUAGUUGUGCAGCAGCCAGGGGAAAGGAACUUUCACAGUUUCUAUCAACUGUUAAGUGGAUGCAGUGAAACUGAAUUGAAAAAUCUGCAGUUGACUCGUGAUCCAGCAAAGUAUAUGUACACCCAACACAGUGGAACUCGACUUGGCAGUGAAGAUCGGUCUGACCAUAAGGCAACAAUUUCUGCAUUUCGCACUUUGGGAUUUGCUGAUGAUGAAGUAGAUACCGUCUGGAGAUUAGUUGCGGCCAUCUUACAUUUGGGUAAUGUCAAAUUUGCAUCCUCAGAGGACUCAACUGACAUCACCUCUAAGAAAGAGCUUGAUAUUGUUGCACGCCUGCUUCGUGUCACGGCGAGCGACCUGAAUGCAACAUUGACAGCCAGAGUGAUUGCUGCUGGCAAUGAAGUAAUGCAAAAAUCUCACACCACAAAUCAAGCCGAAACAGGGAGAGAUGCUUUAGCCAAGGCUAUAUAUGAAAGAUUAUUUCAAUGGAUUGUUAAGAGGAUCAACACUGCUAUCAAUGUUGACGAAAAACUGGUGUAUCACCGAUUCAAGGGCACUGUCAUAGGAGUGCUAGAUAUUUAUGGAUUUGAAGUGUUUGAUGCCAAUGGUUUUGAACAAUUCUGUAUAAAUUAUUGCAAUGAAAAACUACAGCAGCUGUUCAUUGAGCUGGUCUUGAAGCAAGAACAGGAAGAGUACCAGCGAGAGGGUAUUGAAUGGAAAACUAUUGAGUACUUCAAUAAUCAAGUUAUCUGUGACCUGGUGGAGCAGCCUCACAAAGGAGUCCUGGCUGUGCUUGAUGAGGCAUGUCUCAAUGUGGGCAAAGUCACAGAUGAAAUGAUAGUUGAAGCUUUUGACAACAAACUGAGGGGACAUGCACAUUACACCAGUCGCCAAAUUGUUCCCAGUGACAAAACAUUGAAACACAAAGAAGAAUUCAGAAUCCGGCAUUAUGCUGGCGAUGUUAAAUACAAUAUUACUGGUUUCCUUGAAAAGAACAGGGAUACUCUUUUCCAAGAUUUUAAGCGUUUGUUGUUUAAUUCUUCUGACAAAAAUAUUAGUUCUAUGUGGCCUGAAGGAGCAGAGGAAAUUACGAAGACAACAAAAAGGCCAUUGACUGCUGGAGCCUUAUUCAAAACCUCUAUGGUAGCCCUUGUCAAAAACUUGACUAGCAAAAUUCCAUUUUAUGUUCGCUGUAUCAAGCCAAAUGAAAUGAAGUCUGCAGUUGCUUUUGAUGAUGAACAUGUAGAGCAUCAAGUUAGAUAUUUGGGUCUUGUGGAGAAUACUCGAGUUCGACGUGCUGGUUUUGUUCACAGAGUCACCUAUGGCCGUUUCCUCAAAAGAUACAAGAUGAUUUCACAAUACACGUGGCCGAAUUUCAAGGGAGGCUCUGACAAAGAAGGCACCAGAGUUCUCAUCAAUGAGAAAGGUUUUGCAGAUGAUGUCAAAUAUGGUCACACAAAACUUUUCAUUCGAACUCCAGGAACACUCUUUGCCUUGGAAAAUGCUCGUGCUGAGUUGAUACCGAGCAUUGUAGUACUUCUCCAAAAAGUUUGGAGAGGUACCCUUGCACGCCUUCAGUAUCGUAAAAUGAAAGCUGCUCUUGUCAUCAUGAAGUAUUACCAUUCCUAUAAGUUGCGCUCCUAUGUUUCGCAACUUGCUUCCUCAUAUAAGAAUGCUAAAAACAUGAAAGAUUAUGGUAAGAGUCUUGGAUGGCCUGCCAAGAGUGUGGCCAUCCAGCCUGCUUAUCCCAAAUUGCGUUCUAUUUUUGAACGCUGGUGGGCAUGGAUGGUGCUCAGGCAGACGCCAAGGGAAGAAUGGCCUCAGUUGAGGCUGAAAGUGGCUGCUGCAUCUGCCCUACGAAACCAGAGACUUUCCUAUGGUCAGGAGCGGAAAUGGUUGGGCAAUUAUCUUGCGAAGCCGGAGGAAAACCCCAACUUCAGUGUUUUUAACUCCAGUGUUACAAACAUUCGUAACUCUGAUAAGCUCAAAGCGGUGAUGUUUUCAUCCUUUGUGCAUAAAGUCAAUAAAUUCAAGAAAGUUGCUCAAAGAGCACUUCUUGUGAGUGAUUCCAACAUUUACAAGCUGGAUCCAUCCAACAAAUUCAAGCCAAUGAAGAAAGGGUGGCCCAUAUCAGAGGUUAUUGGACUGAGUGUGACAUCGGGCCAUGAUCAGUUGAUAGUGAUUCACUCCAGCAAAGGCAAUGAUCUUGUAAUUUCCCUGGAAUCAAAGGAAGACCGUGUUGGAGAGUUGGUAGGAGUUCUACGCUCCAGAUACUCACAGAUUCGGAGUGGUGAGGAUUUGAGAGUCACUGUAGCUUCUAAAUUCCCUAUCAGACUGGGUGGCAAGAGUAAAUCUUUGCAAGUGGAAACAUCCCCAGAAAUAAAUGAGCCUGGUUUCAGGAGUGAGAAGAGUCGAGUUGUAUACACUUUGCCCUCAGCCUUUGCUGUUCCUCAGAGGCAAGCCCCACCGCGCCAAGCUCCGCCAGCACCACCGACCAUUCAGCAUUCAGUACCUAUUAAAACAUGAAGUAAUUUGCUUCACCCCAUUCUUUCCUUCUUGCAGGCUGCUUUUUAAAAAGGUAUGAUAUUUCAACAAACUGUACUUUAAAUUUUAUAGGCUGUCAUGUUGUAAGUCUUUUAAAGGCCGCUUUUUAUUUUAGUUGUAAGAAAUGUGUAGAGAACUAUGAUCAUGUUCUUACUCUUCUAGUAUUCUUAGUAGUUUUGAAGUUCCAUUCCUUGUUUGGCUUCCUGUACAGAGUAUGCCAUAUAUAUGUAUCUAUACAUAUACAUAUUUAUAUAUUUGUAAAUUAGGCUUUUUAUCAUCUCUUGAGCUGAUGUUUUAAGUCUACUUCUAGUCUUUCUUUGUACUUUCUUAAUACUAUUCAAGUUUUGGGUUUUUACUAUGUUCAGUUUUACUCAGUGCUAAUAAUCACUCUAAAAUAAGAAAUGUUUUUCAUAUGCUUCUUUUAAUUAAUUGUAUUACUAGUAGUUACCAAAGUGUGUGCUUCUUUGAAUGCCUUUUCUUCCUGUCACUUCAUAGUAUUAGUGGGAAAAGUAUGGAGAGACAAGAGGCGUUUUCUAAUACAAGUACAGUACCUCCUGUCAAGAAGUUAAUAUUUUUAUUUAUUUAAAAGAACUUUAAAAAGUGGAUUGGCUUUGUGCUUGUGUUUCACUAUCAUCAAUUUAAAGAAAGGAGAACUAACAAUCAAUUAGUUACAUCAUAAUUAAAAUAACUGACUGACCUAAGCAAAGACUCAUGUAGUUGUUUCCUAUGCAAAUUUAUUUUCAUUGUCAAUACAGUGAUCUCACCCCAUAUUUUUGGGUAUGUUUUCCUGCUUCAUUUUGAGUACUGGAAACUUAACGAGGGAUUUUUCCCCUCUCUUAACUUUUUACCACACUUUAAAAUUAUUUAUUUUUGCACCUUAUUCAAAGCGACUGUGAUUUGCAUUUCUCUUGGAGGCCUGAUGUUUUGAUGCUCCUUGAUUUUCCUGUGUACAAGCAUUAUUUGGUAAUGUUAAUUGCCCACCACAGCUGUGAAGUUUGAUUAACUACCUCUCUUGUGCCUUAAAUGUCAUUUACUAUACCGCCGUUCAUACUUCAUGUAUAUUUGAUUUGUAUCACUGAUUUGUCAUUUAUGAAUUGGUUGUGUGAUUCUUACAAUUUCUUGUUUUAUGCUUGUUAAUAAGUAAUUUAUUGUUUUUAUUCAUUUAUUUUGGGUUUAAUUGUCUUUGCACAAGUUCAAAAGCACAUCAUCCCUUUAGAUGUUAUGGUAAUGACUAGGUCAGCACUCAGUUCCUGGAAAGAAUGCUGCCAUUACCAAGGAUGGCUUGUGACACUGGUGACAUGAACUUUAAUUUGCUGUGUUUUGUUUGUGCCAAUAAUAGUGCCAGAUUAAUUUAGGAUGCAUGACAAUCUUCCAUAUAGCGAAAGGAGGUGUGCUGGCUUGGAAUUCUUGAACUAAAUGUGUGCCUUAGUAAGAUAAGUUGGUUUGAAACUGCCGAACCAAAUGCGUGCUUUGUAAGGGCUAUGAUUCUAAUCAUGAAAAUAAACAAAAUAAACACAA